AUGUCAGGGAUGGACGCACACCGCCGUCCGUUCCGCCAGCGACAACGGUCCCGAAGGCAGCAGGAGCGGUCCUCGGGCUUCCAGCCAAAAGCAACUUCAGGCCUUAAACCACUCCUUUCGGUGCUGCUGUUUUCCCUUAUUGGACACGAGGCGGCGGCCAUCACUAUACAGGGCAAACUCGCCUACCGGACUACACUGCCAGUGGGAACCUGGGUGCUGGCGGCGAGCAAAAACGACACUAUUUACCGUCUGCCUUGGCAGCCUCUGGAGCCCUCCUCGGGCGAGCCUAUUCCGCCCGCGAGCUGGAUUUCUCUGACCUGCAACACGGUCGGUCCCAACAUCCCACGCUGUACGGACAUCUCGGACGUGAAGGUCAUUCGAGCGGCGGCGUCCGUGCCGCCGCCCCUUGCCGACCAAACGCUGCGGCUGCUCGUGAUGACUGUCAAUCUGAGUGCAUCCUCGGUGUGCGGCAGCCAACCGGGAAUGACGGAUCGGGAAGUACUAGACCUUUUCAUCCAACCCAACGGGCUGGUGGAUUUCUUCGGCAAUUGCAGCUUUGGCAAGAUGGUUAUUGACACGAGCGCGCUGACGGUUGUGUCCACGUUGGUGCCAUGCUCCCGGGACAUCCUCAGCUGCGACCAUGAUGCCAUUUCCCUAGCGGCGCGAAAGGCACUACCACAAGGUAUAAGGACUUCUUCAUAUUCGCACCUGCUCUACGUCGUACCCAUGCGCAUAGUGGACACUUGCCGCUGGAUGGGACUUGCGGAUGUCCCAGGAACUCAGACGUGGUUUGCACCAGAUCUAUUCGGAAUUAUUCGGAAAGCUACAGUCAUGCAAGAGCUCCUCCAUAAUUUUGGGCUGUACCACGGAUGGAGAAAUGGCGCGGAGUACAAUGAUUUGUCAACGCCCAUGGGAUUUGGAGAAAGUUGCCCGUCUGCCCCCGAGCUUUGGCGUCUGGGCUGGGCCACUCCACUGGCUCAGCUGAACUCCUCCAACUUCCCUCUGCACAUCUUCAUGAACUUCACGCUACCGGCCACCGCCGUGGGCCCUACGGGUGUCAUGCUCCGGGUACAGCCCGACUGGCUUGGGACCGGAUACACGAAGAACGUUUACAUCGCCUUCAGGAUUAAGGCUGCAGGCGAUAGUGACCUUUUGCCUGGAUUUAACCGGAAGCUGAACAUCCACGAGCUAAGCAAAGACAUCGACAACGAUCCCUCGGUUUGCAACGACCCCAGAGUCUCUAUAAUCGGCGUCAUGAAUUCCGGAACCAACUUGACCUUCUCGAAUUAUAAACUACUCAUCGUUGCGGGAGAUGUGUCGCUUCACGACAAGUCCCAGGGAUUGUGUGAACGGUCCAUUGCUUUCUCCGCCUCUUUCCUCUUCUUCACUGGCUAUCUCCAGGCCGCCGCUGCCGAUAGCGGCCGCCAAGCCGCUGUUGAUAAGACCAGCCACGCCCCGAGAAUUGCCCUCGCCUCGUCGCCUGCCCCCGCCGCCCUCGUCUCCCAGUAUGCCCUCACCACCACCUCCCUCGCCCCCACCGCCACCUUCAUCACCCUCACCUAA